AUGGACAGGGCAGAAGAAAGAGAAGAAGGGGGAAGCCCCAACCUGCCCGCCAUUUGCCGUGCUGCUCUCGCGCUGCAGCUGCUGCAGCAGCUGCCGCUGCAGCAGCUACGAGACAGGGAGGCUCAAGCAGCAAGAGCCCUCCUUAGGGUUUGGGGGGCCCAUCCCAGCGAGCAGCAGCAGGAUGGCAGCGUCUUAAGGGCUAUUGACUCUGUCUUCGAAGUCAGGCGCUACCCAGCGGAGCAGCCGCAGCAGUGUGUCUGCAAGUGCAGCAGCAGCAGCAGCAGCGCUUGCUGCAGCAACAGCAGCAGCCAGAAUCCCAGCCACUGCAGCGCAUGCGCUGCACUUCAAAAGGCCAUCGAAAUGUGUAUGGCCUCGAGUGACCCCUGGACACCUUGCAGCAGCAGCAGCAGCAGUAGCAGCAGCAGCAGCAGUACCACCAGCAGCAACAGCAACACUGGCAGUACUCACGGAGUGGACUACUCGUAUUCAGAGUUGCCGAAGCGCGAAAACAAACAGAAGGCCACAAAGCAGCAGCAGCAACAGCAGCAGCAGCAGCAGCGGCAGGAGCAGCAGCAGCAACAGCGCCAGCGACAGAAGCGGCAACCGCAGCACAAGGCGGCGAAGUCACAAAAAGCCUCAGAAAGUCCCGCAGCAGCAGCAGCAGCAGCAGAGAGCGCGCCAGCAGCACCCUCAACGUCACCAGCAGAAGCAGGAGCAGCAUCUGCAGUAAGAGCAGCAGCAGCACAGGCCCCUGCCGCAUCCUCAGCACCAUCAUCAGCAAGAGCAGCAGCCCCGGCAGCAGCAACAGGAACAGCAGCACCCGAAGCAGCAGCAGCCCCAGCAGCCGCAGCAGCCCCAGCAGCAACAGCAGCACCCAAAGCAGCAGCAGCCCCAGCAACCGUAGCAGCCCCAGCAGCAGCAGCAGCAGCACCCGAAGCAACAGCAGCCCCGGCCGCCGCAGCAUCCCUAGCGGCAGCCCCCGCAGCAGCAGCAGCAGCAGCAGCAGCAGCAGCAGCGCCAGCAGCAGCAGCAGCAAGGGGCCUGGCGGGGCUAAAGAUCCCGCGUUCGCUGCGGCGGUCUGUGGGGCAGGCGCUGCAUGCGUUUAAAAUGCUGCAGCAAGGAGAUAGGGUUUUGGUGGGGCUUUCUGGAGGCAAAGACAGCCUCACGCUGCUGCUGCUGCUGCUGGAGCUGCAGCAAAGGGCCCCCAUCAGCUUCCACGUUGCUGCUGCUACUGUGGACCCCCUCACCGCCAGCUUCAACCCCGCGCCCCUGGGGCCCUACCUCCGCAGCCUCGGGGUUGAGUGGUAUCGGCUGCAGCUGCCCAUUAUGGAGCUGGCGAAGCGCUGCAUGAAGAGACAGUCCAUUUGCGCCUUCUGCUCCAGACUGCGCAGGGGACUGCUGUACUCUUGCAUGCGCAAGCACGGGUAUAACGUGCUGGCCCUGGGGCAGCACUUAGAUGACCUCGCAGAGUCUUUCGUAAUGUCUGUCUUCAACAACGGCAAACUAAACACCAUGAAGAGACACCGCGUGAAGCUUCUGCUGAGCGAACAGGAAAAGGAAAUCCCAAACCUCUUCAGCAACAUCCAAAACGCUUUGCUGCCUUUAAUGGCCGUCGACCCAAUUGCUCGUGGAAUUUCAACCAGCGACCAGCAGGAGCAGCAGCAAGAGGAGCAGCAGCAGCAGCAGCAGCAGGGUGAAGGCGACGAUGAUGACUCCUUACCCCCCGAGGUUGCAGCUCUGCUGCAGGAAGUCCCCCGUUGCUUCUCUGCCGCAGAUGCUGCUAAUGCUGCUGCUGCUGCUGCUGCUGCUGCUGAGGAGGAAGAUGAGGAAGCGAUGCUUGCGCUGACAGCCUGCGGAGUUGAGGGCUGCCCCAGAUCUUAG